CCUGGUUGUAGUAGGCGUCCACGCAAGUUCAAUCAUUGCGCGUCGCUGGCGCCUUCUUGCGACGGAUUGAGAACUCCCUUCUCUCUGCUUGGCAUCCACCUUUCUUGAACAGCCGAGGCAGACCGAUGGAUUGAUCCCGCUCCAGUCCUGACCAAACUAAACCGUCGCCUUCCGGAAUCUUGCUCUUGCGCCAGAGACCACCAAGAUGCGACCGAUAUUCUUACGCUCCGUGUUCCGGGUCGCCAUCAUCGCCACGCCCAUUCUCCUCGGCCUCCACUACUUCAUCACCCACGUCCUCGCCCUCAUCCACAUCUUCUUCCAACACCCCGGCAUCGCCAUCACCCAGCGCGAAGUCGCCAAUGCCUACCUCAACGGCACCCUCCAAGAAUCGCGAAAGGCGCCUCAGAUCCCCAAGAUCAUCCACCAGAUCUUUCACAACUGGAAGGACCCGGCCAACGAAACGCUGCCGAGUGAUUGGGAGCAACAGAGGCAUACUUGUAUAGAUAUCAAUCCCGAUUGGGAAUAUCGCCUCUGGACACACAAAUCCUCCCUCGCCUUCCUCUCCACCCACUACCCUACCUUCCUUCCCGCCUACCUCUCCUACCCACACCCCGUCCAGCGCGUCGACGCCCUCCGCUACUUCCUCCUCUACCACUAUGGCGGCAUCUACCUCGACCUGGACAACGGGUGUCUGCCGUCCAUCAAGUCUGGCUCAAGCUCGUUAGACGCAUUGACGUACUUCCCUCUCUGGAUCACAGAUGGCGGCAGGGGAGCGCUAAGUAAUAAUAUCCUGGCUGCUAGACCUAAUCAUCCGUUUUGGGGACGGGUGGUGGCGGAGUUGAUAGAAGGGAGGGGGGCGCUGCCGCUUGGGAGCUUGACGGAACGGUUAGCCGGGUUCUGGAAGCGGUGGUGGUGUUUGUGGGGGGUGUUGCGGUAUGUGGAGAUUAGUUGGGGAGUUGGACAGUGGUUUAUUGGUGGGGUGUGGGAUAAGUAUCAUCGGAUGCUGCAGCUUGGGAAGAAGGAUGCCGUGGGAGGAAAAAUAGUACUAGAAGGGGUGGAUGAAGAGAUUGGAGACCAUUUGUGGAUAUUUUCCAUGGUGCUGGGAUCGUUGGUGGGAUUGAUGGGUUGGUUGGUGAGGAGGUAUUGGCGGGCCCAAAGAGGGAAAGGGUAUCGGAAGGUGAAAGGUGAGGACAUGGAAGAUAGGAGCGAGUGAGGCUGGGCAAGUACUCGGGGCUUUGGUGUGCUCAAGCCUGGUGUCAGCCUUGUUUGUCGUUUUUGUUAGCAGAAAAGGUGGACGAGACUAUGGAUGGAUGAUUAAAUGCGGCCAAGACAGACAUUGGUUACACCUGGAAUUUCGGAUCAAGGUUUUCGUUUGGGAUAAAAAGCACCUAGACACUGCAGCACGCGUUUAUAGGAAUUAAUGAACAUCUUUGUGG